AUGAUUGGAAUUGACAAGGAAGAUAGAGACAUGCUUCGUUUUUUGUGGCUAAGGGACGCUAGGGAUCCUCAUUCAGAAGUAUUAAAGCUAAGGUUUUGUCGAUUGGUUUUUGGUCUACGACCUUCGCCAGCAAUUCUAGGAGCUACUAUCAACCAUCAUUUGAAGACACACGAGAAGCAGGAGCCAGAAACUGUUGAACACUUGAAAAAUUCUCUGUAUGUCGAUGAUUUUGUGUCCGGUGCUGAAACCGAUGAAACCGCUUUGCAAAUAUACAAGGGAACAAAGCAGUUGAUGGCCAAGGGUGGAUUCAACUUGCGAAAAUGGAACUCGAAUUCCAGUAACGUAGUGAAGUCUAUCGAAGCGUUAGAAGGUAAAAAGAAUUUGAGCUUGAUUAGUGACAAAUCAAGCGUUACUCAAGAUGAUCAGUCCUUUACAAAGUCGACAAUUGCAAAAGAGUCACUGCUCACGGAACCCACUCAAGUCAAAGUACUAGGAAUGGUGUGGGAUACGGUGGAGGACACAUUUCUAUUCAAUUUGACUGAAAUAAUCGAGUACGCCAAUUCUUUACCUGUCACAAAGCGAUCGUUGUUGAAAUGGUCAUCUAAAAUCUUCGAUCCCCUUGGAUUCUUGUCUCCUUUUACGAUAAGGCUCAAGAUUCUGUUUCAAAUCAUGUGCUUGGAUAGAUUGGGAUGGGACUGUGAACUGCAUGGCAAUCUACGUGAACAGUGGAACGUUUUAUUGUCAGAGUUAAAGUUUCUAAAUGAUGUUCGUGUACCGAGGUGCUAUUAUCUACUCCAACCGAAAUACCUUACUACACAAGUUCAUGGAUUCAGUGAUGCAUCUGAAAGUGCAAUUGGUGCUGUUGUCUAUGUAAGAACAGUCUAUGAGAAUGGUACCAUCGACGUGAAAUUAAUCGCUUCAAAGACAAAGGUCGCACCAGUGAAAAAGCAAACGAUUCCCCGUUUAGAGCUGGUGGCAGCGACUGUACUAGCGAAGUUAGUAGAGUCUUUGUUAAAGGCACUCAAGUGGAGUCUGGAAGUUUUUUAUUGGGUUGAUUCGAUGACAGCACUCCACUGGAUACGAAACGAUCGAGCAUGGAAACCAUUCGUGCAGCAUCGAGUGAACAAGAUUCGAAGUAUUUCGUUGACGGAAUCUUGGAACUUUUGUCCUGGAUCACUUAAUCCUGCAGAUUUACCCUCACGAGGUAUUUCUGGGCAACUACUUUCGAAUUCUUCCUUAUGGUUCAAUGGACCCAAAUUCUUGGCAAGGGGCGAAGAAGAGUGGCCAAAACGUCCAGUUGGCAACCUCUCACAAAGUGACGAAGUUCUGAGGAAAAUUGUGAAAGAGCAUCCGAAUGUCGUAAGAUCACUAGUUUCGAAUGAAAUCGAACAACGAGCCAUGCCAGAUCUUAACAAAGCAAUCGACACUACUCGUUAUAGCUCCAUGAAGAAACUUCUUCGAACAACUGCUUAUGUAAUGAGAUUCAUCAACAUAUUAAAGAAGAUGCCACGGUGCGAGCGAACAACAAACAAACUCACAACCUCAGAAGAACUAAGCUCAGACGAAAUAAGGAAAGCAGCUGCUGUGGAUAAGGUCUAUUCAACAACUAUCCUUUGA